AUGGAAUCGAGCACAUUCAAUAAUAUACUGAAAUAUAGAAGUGUCGCUAUAUCUUCUGAUAAGUUUCCAAUUUUAACAGGAUCAUCUUCGGUUGGUAAUGAUAAUAAUAUACAAGAUGGUCUUAACAGUAUUUUAAGAAUGGAAGUUGGUGAUGUCCACGUUUUUACAGAUCAAUCGAUGUGCAUUCUACAGAGGCCAGUAAUUGAAGUUGUUAUUAGUUGGUUUCCCUUAUUAGAGAUGAUCAAAGAAAAUCUUAUUUCAUUAGAUCGUAUUUUAAUAAUAGAUCGUUUUGCUUCCUUCGAGGUACUCAUAUGUUUGUCCUUCUCUUAUCAUCUUAUACAGGGUAUGUUUAAUCAUUUAAAAUGGUUAACUUUUAAAGUUUCCUCACCCUCGAUAUUAGCAAGUAUCAGGCAUAUGUUCAACGAAGAUACAAGCAUACAUUCCGUCGGGGUAAUUAACACAGAUUUGAAAUAUUUCACUAUUACAACUCUACCAUCACCCUCUAUUUUUCUUUAUUUGGUUCAUUUUUUAAGUGCAAAUGAAUACCAAGCUAUGAUUAGGGGAUCAUUAUAUCCAAUAAGGCCAUCCAUAGAAACUAUGCAAUACUUAGAACAUAAAUCAAGCAGAGAGCCUGAUAUCGAUAUGUCUAACAGAAUAGAGUCACAAGAUAUCGUACUUGUCAAGACAGAAGUGACAUUCCUUAUAGGAGAAAACGGAGAGCGUAUGGAGGAUAUUCGGAAGAGUUCAGGUGCCACUAUAAAGGUUCAUCCGCUGCCUGAGCGGUUAACACAAUAUCAACGAAAGCAUCCUAAUGAAGUGAACCAAACAAUUUCUAUAACAGGUAAUCUCUAUUGCAGAGCAAAAGCGUUCACAAUUAUGGAGUCAUUAAUUCGUACAAGAAGAUUCUACAGUAAAAAAAAUUCCGUCCUAGACAAUGGUUGUUUACCAUUUCAUGAUCAGCAAAAUAUAUGA